GCGGAACGAUCUAAAGUGGUAGCGGUCUCGCGUGAACUAGUUUUAUAUAACGAUCAUGGCCACUGGCCAUGAUUGUUUUGGCGGAGGGGUACGCCCGUCCAUGCUCUCUCCAGGUAUGAAUGCUCUAAGGCUGAACCCCAAGCAGCCAUAUUGUAUAUGAAAAAAAAAGUGUGUCAACCUCUAAAGUACCGUACCCGUAUUAGUUCUUCGAAGAUUCCUGUGUGACGGUUUGAUGCGUAGUAUCCUUAGUUUGUGCAAUCAAAAAUUGACAUUGACAUUUGAGACUGAUAUGUUUGCAUUUUUUUUGUAUCGCACGCUGGGACCGGGAGCUGCGGUGAGGUGACCUAAAAAUAAUCUGAAAAUAGAUAUCAAAUAUCUAUCUUUAAGAAAGAACUUUACGAGCCCUUAAUACUAAUGAUCAAAUAUACUUUUAAGUAAACUUUGCAAGUUACACAGCAUGGGUAAUCGAAAUAAGUUUGAAGAAUUUUAUCACCGCUUGAAAAAAAUGUUUACGUGGUCUUAUCUAAAGGCUUUGAUUGUGAAUCCGGGACAGCUGCCCAUCGUCGCUUUCCUUAUUAUCAUCUCAGAAUUAAUUAUUAAUAUAAUUGUAGUGGAAAGAGUACCAUAUACAGAAAUUGAUUGGAAAGCGUACAUGCAAGAAUGUGAAGGAUUCCUUAAUGGCACAUUAGACUACAGUAAGCUACACGGCGAUACGGGGCCUUUAGUAUAUCCUGCAGGUUUUGUUUAUUUAUACUCUAUUUUCUACUUCCUUACAAAUCAAGGUGGAAACAUCAAACUUGCUCAGUACAUAUUUAUAGGAAUUUAUUUGUUGCAAUUAUAUUUUGUGCUCAGAAUCUAUAUAAAAACAAAAAAAGUGCCACCUUAUGUUCUUGUAAUAACAAUUCUUACUUCUUACAGGAUACAUUCUAUUCAUGUUUUACGUUUGUUUAAUGAUCCAAUAGCUGUGCUUCUGUUAUAUGUGUCUCUUAAUUUCUUUAUGGAUUCUAAAUGGUAUCUUGGUAGCAUUUUCUACAGUUUGGGAGUUUCAGUAAAAAUGAACAUACUUCUUUAUGCACCUGCUUUGUUUUUCUUCUAUCUUGUUAAUUUAGGUUUAAAAGAUAUGGUUGUUCAACUGCUUGUAUGUGCUCUUAUUCAAUUAAUAUUAGGUCUACCAUUUCUAAUAGGUGAACCCUAUGCAUACCUAAAAGGAAGUUUUGAUUUGGGUCGUGUAUUUAAUCACACUUGGACUGUGAAUUAUAGGUUUCUCAAUAUUGAGACAUUUGAAAGUAAAUGCUUUCACUUAACUCUAUUAGGUAUUCAUAUUUUGCUAUUGUUCAUAUUUAUACCAAUGUGUAUUAAGUAUUUCAAGAGUUAUUGCAGAUUAAAGUAUGUCCAAAGGCAGGUUCAACCACAAAUUGAUGUUAAGAACCGCGAUAAUAAAUUAAAAUCUAAACUCAGAAAAGAUAGCAAAAAGAAAUCUGUUAUGAAACAAGAUGAAAAAUUGUCUAAGGAACAGGAAGACUUCUUGAAUUCCUUUGAAAAUCUCCUUAAAAAAUCCUCACAAAAGGGAGGCAAACAGGCUCAUAAGAAAUCUCUAGAAAUUGAUAAUGAAGAGACACACUAUAGCAUCAAUUUUGACAUUUUGUCUCAAUUAUUCAUUUUGCCAAUGUUCAUUGUUAAUUUUAUUGGUGUUGUUUGUGCAAGAAGUCUUCAUUAUCAAUUUUACACAUGGUACUUCCAUAGUUUACCAUAUCUCUUAUGGUCUACAAAUUUCUCCACCAUUAUGAGGUUUCUUAUUUUAGCUCUUAUUGAAUUAUGUUGGAACACUUACCCUAGUACAAAUCUAACAAGUGCUUUACUACAUGUAUGCCAUAUCACUGUAAUUUAUGGAGUUUAUAAGAAGUUGUCAAAUGAAUUAAAUAUAGUAUCUAAAUUAAAUGCAUAGUAAUAUAACAAGUCACAUGUAAAAACCAGGACCCAUUUAUUAAGUUCCUUAAGCAAACUGAAAUAGAUGUUCAUCAAACUUAGUUUAAUCAUAUUUCAAAAAAAUUGAUGAAAAAUACCUGUACAAUGUUAUUUUUAUUUUUACAUGUAUAUUUUUGUGUUAAUAUAGUUUACAUUAGU